AUGAAAAAGAUACUCUUCAUAGUCCUUGUAUGCAUCUUGGCUGCUCUCUUCUUGAAUGCUGAUAAGGCAGAUGGUCAAUUGACAUACAGCUAUCGUUAUGCCUACAGCUACCCUUCCACCUAUGGUUACUCAUAUCCAUCUAGUUACGGAUACGGCUAUCCUUCAACCUAUGGUUACUCAUAUCCAUAUAGUUACGGAUAUGGCUACCCUUCAACCUACGGAUACGGCUACCCUUCAACCUACGGAUACUCAUAUCCAUCCUCCUAUAGCUAUCGUUACGCCUACAGCUACCCUUCCACCUAUGGUUACUCAUAUCCUUAUAGUUACGGAUACGGCUACCCUUCCACCUAUGGUUACUCAUAUCCAUCUAGUUAUUCUUAUGGUUAUCCUUACUCAUAUGGUGGCUAUGGAUAUCCUUCUUCAUAUGCUUAUUCAUACAGAUAUUGGUAA